AUGUCUUCCCAACUUCGCAACAAUGCGGAUGUAAUAGAUGAAGACCGCGACAUCGGACAUUUGGUACGAGUAGGAGUCAGCGCUCAGAAAUAUGGGAUCGCACUCUUUCACGUUACGCAGAAGUACAACUGGACGAAGAACUUUGUGCUAAACACAUUGCAGGGGCCUGGAAUCGACUACCGAGAGACUAACGAGGUGUCUGAUUUCCUGGCUCAAGGAAUUUACGACGGCAUGGCCGACCAGUUUAGCUAUACAAAUCUUACCUUCAAACAUAUACGCUUUUACAACAGCCAGGCAAUUGACGACGAGAAACACCGUCUUUACUGCGAUCCUGCAAACUGCCCCCAGUCAGAAGAACAGUGCAUGAAAAAGUGCUGCGAAUCAUUCGACUAUAAGAAGUACCUAGAAAGAAUCAGAAGUGAAGGUCGUAUUAUCAUCAUCACAGCUGACUACGGACUUGAGAAAUGUGACUAUCUUGGCGAUUUCUUCGAAGCUGCAUGGCAGGAAGGAUUCUGGGACGAGGAUGGCCACUCCGAGUUUGUUUUCAUCCUUAUUGAUUUCCAAGAGCUCGACAUUGACAGACUCCAAGAAAAGCUGCCACUCGAGUCACCUAUUCGAACGCUAGGAAUGAGCCGCGAGGCCCGAAAGUGGUCACACAUAUUCCAGUCGAUGGUUAUUCUGCGGCCACAGAGACCCUCUGGGCCGAAAUUUGACAAAUUCGCGAAAGAAUUGUGGGAAUUUACCAAGAAACGCAAACACAAGAUCGAGUCUCAUGCGCGCUACUUCAACGACAGCCACACAAUCGAAAAGCUCGAGGAGUUUAAUGCUUUCGAGAGCUACUUCGACCCGCGAAGGAAUCUCUAUCUCGGAUACACCUAUGAUUCCAUUAAACUUUACGAGACUGUUCUCAAGCGCUUCUUCGACUCCAGUGAUUCAACCAUAGCUGACGUUUUCCUAAACACAAACGGUUUCAUGGUGGCACCUAGGGGUCUUGCUGCGGUCAAGCAAUACAUUCGCGGCAAGAAAUUUCCUUCCGUCAUGAGCGAGAGCGACUUCCGAAUCGAUGAACAUGGAGACAGAGACAUCGACUUCGAGUUUCUGAGCUUCAAUGGUGGCCAUUUUGAGCGAUCAGGCAUUUUCAUCGGCGAGAUGAGCAAGUACGAGAUCCAAAGGCAUAUUCGAUUCAACACCAAAGACGGUCUGCCUCCUUUGGACACGCCGAAAUGCGGUUUUCUGGGAGAGAAGUGCAAGAAACUCUUAACCAAGACGCAACUCAUGUUGAUCGUUACUGGCUGCGUAAUACUGGUGCUCCUGUUGACUGUUGCCUACAUCACCCGACUGUAUAUUCACGAGAAGCAAUUGUCCAACGAGUGGUGGCGCAUUCAUUGGCACGAUCUCGAAAUGGAGAACGAAAUUAAUGACUACGACAGGCAGCUCCAGAACAAGUCUUUCAAGCAAAUGGACUUUUACGGUGGAGACGAAAUUAGCCAACGAUUUGGAAACUUUUACGCCUUCAGGGUUGGGUUCUUAAUCCAUCAAAUUAUUUAA